AUGUCUGGACGUGGCAAAGGAGGGAAGGGCUUGGGUAAAGGGGGCGCCAAGCGCCCCCGCAAAGUCCUGCGGGAUAACAUUCGAGGGAUCACAAAACCUGCAAUCCGUCGCCUGGCUCGUCGCGGUGGAGUAAAGCGCAUCUCAGGUCUUGUUUAUGAGGAGACCCGCGGGGUUCUGAAAGUGUUUCUGGAGAAUGUAAUUCGGGACGCGGUCACCUAUACCGAGCACGCCAAGCGCAAGACUGUCACGGCCAUGGACGUGGUCUACGCGCUCAAGCGCCAGGGACGCACCCUUUACGGAUUUGGCGUUUAA